AUGGAUAAUUACACACUAUCGUUAGAUGGGAUGAAUGACACCGGGAUCAACCACACUCUGGACAAUAUGCCUCAGAAUGCCUUAGAAGUCCAGGUAGUCACCAUCUUCCUUGUUCUUCUCAUCUGUGGAGUUGGCAUAGCUGGAAAUAUCAUGGUAGUGUUGGUUGUUCUAAGAACCAAACACAUGAUGACCCCAACAAACUGUUACCUAGUCAGCUUGGCUAUUGCUGACCUUAUUGUCCUACUUGCUGCAGGACUACCCAAUAUUUCAGAAGUGGUUGCUUCUUGGGUUUAUGGCUAUGUUGGCUGUCUGGUCAUAACCUAUCUACAGUAUCUUGGCAUCAACAUCUCAGCUUGUUCCAUCACUGCCUUCACCGUGGAGAGGUACAUAGCUAUCUGCCAUUCAAUAAAAGCUCAGUUUAUCUGCACUGUAUCUAGAGCCAAGAAGAUCAUAGGCUUUGUGUGGCUCUUCACCUCCAUGUACUGUGUCAUGUGGUUCUUUCUAGUCGACAUCACUGAAGUUAAGUUUGCGGAUGGGGUUCAAGUCAACUGUGGCUACAGGGUGUCCAGAAACUUGUAUACUCCUAUCUACUUUUUCGACUUCACUAUUUUCUAUGUGAUACCACUGAUCCUUGCCACAGUUCUUUAUGGCUUGAUAGCACGGAUCUUGUUUAUGAACCCAUUACCUUCUAACCCUCAGGAUCUGAGCAGAAUGAGUUCCAAACACUAUGGGAAGCCCUACAAUUCCAUCAAGCUUUCAUGCAAAGGCAACAAAAAUACAGUGAGUUCCCGAAAGCAAGUCACCAAGAUGUUGGCAGUGGUUGUAAUAUUAUUUGCCCUCCUCUGGAUGCCCUAUCGUACCCUAGUGGUGGUAAAUUCCUUCAUGGAUCCACCCUACCUCAACGUUUGGUUCCUUCUCUUCUGCAGAAUCUGCAUCUACCUUAAUAGUGCUAUAAACCCUAUCAUCUACAAUCUGAUGUCACAAAAGUUUCGAGCAGCCUUCAAGAACCUGUGCAAAUGUGAACCAAAAAGGACAGAAAAGGCUGCCAAGUACAAUGUUCCUGUCUACUACAGCGUUAUGAAAGACAGUUCCCAUGACAGUCCUGACCAUGACCUUACCGUUCAGGAGGACCUUAAUGGAUUCCCAUCUAAAAAGGUCAACUUUCCCCAGAAGUGUAUAAAUACCACCACGACCUACAGCGUUGCAUGA